AUGGCUGUAUUUCAUAUUCUCGAAUAUUUAACGACAGCGUUCUUCCCACUGGAUUUUGCCAUGCGGCUUUUGACGUGCCCGAAUAUAAGACAGUAUUUUACGAGCGUAGUGGCCUGGAUCGACAUCAUCGCUCUUGUUGGAUACUACAGUCACCUUGCGAUCACUGCAUCGUACAAAGAGCAUAUCUACAAUGACGGGUGGAACAAAGCGGUCAACUACUUGCAAGUAUUCAGAAUUCUUCGCUUGUUUCGCGUCGUACGAAACAUCCGGGCUAGUCGUGUGCUGAAAUUCUCCUUGCGCCAGAACUUAAGGGACUUAGCCUUACUCGCCAUGUUACUACUAAUAGCCUUGAACGUUAGCGCGAGUUUGAUCUACUUCAUGGAACCUCGAGAUAGAAUCGAGUCUAUUUCAAGCAGAGCUUAUUGGGCCGUGAUCACGCUGACCACGGUAGGAUUCGUUGAUGUCACACCGGACACUGGUGGCGGGCUCGUGUUGGCCUCAAUAAUGGCGAUUUGUGGAGUUUUGUUGCUGUCAAUCACCCUGCCCAUGUUCGUAAACAAUUUUCUGACUUUAUACCAAUACACCAAUCUCGACGAGUACAUUGAUAAUAAACAAAAGGCCAGAAUGAAACUGAAAGCGUCGGAUCAUGCAGUUUCUGUCAUCAAUUUAUUAGAGCACUCACAUCAGUCAAAUCAUCAGUUGCUUUUUUAG